AUGGGAAAAAGAAAGGAUUCUUAUGUUAAAAGAAAGAAUUUUAAAACCACGGGCCUUAAUUUAAAUAGGGCUAAAGUAAAAACUUUUGUUCGGUCUAUUUUAGAUGGUAUUUUAGAUUGUGAUGAAUUUUCUACAACAACAUCAAAUAUAAUUUUGGAAAAGGUAAAUAGAACUACUGAAACAGAUAUAGAUGUUGAUGCUGCUCAUGGGGCAAUGAGUGUAGGUUUAGGUUUCUGGAAUACUGAAGAACUAUUUAGUGUACUCAAUUUACCAUUUAUGUUGCAAACUAAGUACAAUAAAUGUCAAAUUAGCGAUGCGUGGGAACAAACAUCAAGCAAACAAAUGGCAAUAGCAGCAAAAGAAUAG